AUGGUUCUUACAACUGUCCUUUCUAUGAUAAGAUAUGUCAGUGAAAUUGAUGAUAGAGAUUUUGUUGAUCGUCUUCAUGGAUUUUUUACAACAAAUAUUCUUAUUGGUUUGGCAGUUUUAGUUAGUUUUAAGCAAUUUGGUGGUAAACCUAUAGAAUGUUUGGUUCCUGAUAUAUUUACAUCAUCAUGGGAACAGUAUGCUGAAAAUUAUUGUUGGUCACAGGAUAAUUAUUAUGUUCCGUUAAAAGAAAGUGCAGCUGGUAUGGAAGAAUCAGAAAAAAAAGCAAGAAAAAUUAGUUAUUAUCAAUGGGUGCCUUUUUUUUUAUUAAUAUCAGCUGUAUUCUUUAGAUUACCAUCAUUAUUAUGGAAGUAUUUAGCUGGACAGUCUGGUAUUAAAAUUAAUGAAUUAGUUAAAAUGGCUUGUGAUGACAAUAAUAUUAAACCAGAUAUAAAAAAAGCUAAUAUUAAAAGUUUAGUCAUCCAUUUACAAGGAGCACUAAAAUUUCAUAAAAGAGUAAAGAAAAAACAAAUAAAACAAUUUAAAGUACUUUUUUUAUGCAAUCUUCCUUACUCUUCAGCAUAUGUUACAUUAAUGUAUGUAUUUUCAAAAUUUUUAUAUUUAGCUAAUGUAACAUUACAACUAUUUUUAAUGAAUUCAUUUCUUGAAACUGAUAGAUAUAAAUAUUAUGGUUUAGAAGCAGUUUUAGAUUUAAUUAAAGGAAAAACAUGGGAUCAAACAGGAAUGUUUCCAAGAGUAUCUUUGUGUGAUUUUGAUGUACGAGUUAUGGGAAAUAUUCAAGAACAUACUAUUCAAUGUGUCUUAGUUAUUAAUAUAUUUAAUGAAAAAAUUUUUAUUUUUCUUUGGUUUUGGUAUCUUACUCUUUUAAUCUUUACUUUAGGAUCAUUUUUAUAUUGGGUAUUUAUUAAUUUUUUUCCAUCAACAUCAAAAAGAUUUAUUGCAAGACACCUAGAAAUGAGUGAAUUAAUGUUUGAUCCAAAAGAAAAUGAUAAAGAUUUAGAUAAAUUUGUUUAUGGUUACUUAAAAUAUGAUGGUGUUUUUGUUAUUAGACAAUUAACAAUGCAUUCUGGAAUUAUUUUUGGUACAGAGGUUGUUGCUAAUUUAUGGAAAUCUUAUUAUAAUUUAGAACGAGAACUUAAAAGAAGUAAUAGUUAUAAUAAUUGUGUAACAACAAGUAACUCACCACAAAACAAUAAUAAUGAUCAAGACAAUGAUAGUAAUGAAAUGAUAUUAAGAAAUAGAAAAGAUAUUCCUUUAAAUAUAAAUUUUUUAAAAAAUCAACCAUUAAAUGUUCCAUUAAAACAAUCUUUAACUGAUGAGAAAGAUUGUCUUAUACCACCACCAUUACCACCAUCUGAUGUAAUCAAUGCAUUAAAAAAAGCUACAGGUUUAAGGAAUCCUAGUUUAGGAUCUCAGGAAACAACAUCACCAAUGUGUGAAAGAUAUUUAACAGAAGAAGACAAAAUGUUAAAUCAUAAGAAAGUUCAUUUUCUUGAGACACCAAAACGGACUAGAAUUAAUGGUUCAGAAUCACCACCUUCAACAUAUUAUUCAUUUGCCUUAGAUGAUAACUCAACUUCAUUUAGUAAUGUACCUCCAGAAGUUAAAAAAACAGAUCCACCAUUACAAAAUUUGAGUAACGUAAAAAUUCAAAUAUUAAAUAAUAUUUAA